AUGGCUUCCAGGUUCGGUAUUCGACCACCUGCAAUUCGACGACAGCGCAAGAACAAACUAUCCACUAAUCCCAAGAAUGAAGAAUUUAGUCCUUACGUUAAGAUCAAGCAACUGACAACUCAGAUCUCCAACCUUGAACAAAACCUGCAACAUUCAAUGCAUACAGUAGACUCACUCAAGGCCCAACUGGCAGAGUACGACGUCCUUUUGGCACAUGCCCAGUGUCGCGUUGCUGAACCUACACCUCCAGCAUUCCAGGAUGAGACCCAAGCUCUCAGUCACACUAGUUGUGUCAUGAGCCCUAAGAUGAAAUCCACCCGUGUAUGGUUUGAUGAUCUCUGGCUCUGCAAUGCCUCUGAGAACACACCACUCCAGGAAGCAGAGGCAUAUUGGAAAAAUGGAACCCCGCAAUGCGCGCUGGAGAUCGUUACCCAAGCGAUCGAUUCAAAUCCCUUUCUGUCUCCAUCGGAGGAAUUCCGUUGCCGAAUAUUUGCGGCCGCGGUCUUCCACUCCACGGGACAGUUUGAAGAGUCUAACCGUCGUCUAGGUAUUGUGCUGAAGACGAUCGCAAGAUACACCCAUCUUGACGAGCCGCGACCGGGAGAUCUUAUAAGUAUUGCUCAUUACAUCCAAGGAAGAAACCUAAUGGAGUUGGGAGAGUUCACUGAUGCUUACUAUUCACUUUCGCGGGCUCUCGGCACGCCUGGAUAUCAUACCAAGGCGCGUGACUAUCAAAAGAAUGCUGUCAUUGAGUUUACUCGACAGGUGGCUAUGGGGGAUAACGCGUCCAUCUCUUCUUCUUUACGUCCCAUUGUGAGUCGCACUGAAUGUAUUUCUGAUGAAUACCUGUCGUAA